AACCUCGGAUAGAAAACUAGUUGAAAGAAAUCAGCGGAAUCCGAACCUGCGUCAUCUGAAAUAUCUCUUUGAUAUAUUUACCUGUUAGAAUAUCUUGACCACAGAAUCAAUGGUUUUAAUUGGUUUUAGUUCACUUAAUUAUUUUUUUUUUGUUUUUAAUUUCUUAUGAACGAAUUAAAAUUUAUGAAAUAUUUGGCGCCAAAUUUAACAUUUUGUUUUCGUUGUUGUAAGCGACUUCACAGUAGUUAUGGCAGGGAAAACUGUGGAAACUGGUUCAGAACUGCUGGCCAGGCUUGGCACACGUGUUCCCCUUAGCAACAUUGCACCAGAACUGUUUGGAGAAGGGUCAAUUAGCGGAGAGAUCAUUGAAUUCUUUGGAGAAGAAGGAACUGGUAAAACCGAACUCUUGCUGAAUCUAAUCACACGAUGCAUUCUUCCAAAAGUUUGGAAAAAUAUUCCUGUCGAUGGUCCUGAGUCGAAAGUUGUUUUCAUCAGCACUGACUACAAGUUUUCUAUCUUAAGAUUAGUUCUCAUCUUGGAAAAGAAAAUUACCGAAAUUCUUCAAUCUCAUUUCAGUAACCCAUCACAAAAUACUAAUGAUGGAGAUAAUGUUGCCAAGCUGGACAUGGAAUCAGAAGUGCAAUUAUUUACUGAUGACUGCCUCCAACGUGUCCAAGUUGUUUAUUGUUCAAGCUCAUGGCAAUUGUUCCUUACUUUACACAGUCUUGAAUACCAACUGACCACUGAUGCAAGUUUUAGUUUAUUGGUUAUUGAUAGCAUAUCGACAUUUUAUUGGCUGGACAGGUUUUGUGCCAAUGAUAACAUCAGCAACCAGGGUCUUAACAUACGCAGAAUUACUAAAAUACUAAAAAAAUUUGUUAAUGACCUUAAUAUUUUUGUUAUAGCCACCAAAUUGUCCCUCUUUAAACCAAAAUAUUCUGACAAUCUAGACCCAACAAAUGAUAAUAAUUAUCUUAUAAUUAAUCCUAAUGCUGUAAAUAAUCCAGGGAUAUAUCCAACAGCUAAGCAGUCCCAUACAAAAUACUUGGAUAAAGUCUGGGAAAAUUUUGUUUGCAAACGGUGGGUUUUCACAGUAAUCUCUGCUGCAGAAUCUAAGUUUUGUUUGACAAGUACAAACCUGAAAACUCUUCAUUUUACCAUAUCAGAAUCUGGUGUGAAAUUCUUGUGAUAAAUAUUGAUUUCUUUGCACUGGAUUUGAGUUAUGAAGCUAGAAAAUGGAUAAAGUCAUCUACAUGUCCCUGAAUCUGAAUCAGGAAAACGGAGAAGAAGAA